GUCGGCUCCACUUCCGCCCACUCUGGGGCGGGGCUUAGUCGUGGCUACACGCUGCACUUCCGGGCUGCCCAGCACUGCGGCGGGUCCAGGAUGAUGGAGACGGAGCGACUCGUGCUGCCUCCCCCAGAUCCCCUGCAUCUGCCCCUUCGGGCUGUGGAACUGGGAUGCACAGGGCGCUGGGAGCUGCUCAACGUGCCUGGGGCUCCAGUGAGCACUCUUCCCCAUGGCCUCCCUCCCUGUGCCCCUGACCUGCAGCAAGAAGCAGAGCAGUUGUUUCUGGCAUCCCCGGCCUGGCUCCCUCUGCACAGUGUGGAGCACGCAGCUCGAAAAUGGCAGAGGAAGACGGACCCCUGGUCUCUCCUGGCUGCUACAGGGGCUCCAGUCCCAUCGGACCUUCAGGCCCAAAGACACCCCACCACAGGGCAGAUUCUGGGCUACAAGGAGGUCCUGCUGGAGAACACGAACCUGUCAGCCACAACUUCCUUGUCUCUUCGCCGGCCCCCAGGGCCAGUCUCCCAGUCGCUGUGGGGGAAUCCAACACAGUAUCCUUUCUGGCCAGGCGGGAUGGACGAGCCCACCCUCACAGAGCUGAGCGCGCGGGAGGAGGCUGAGGAGGAGAUAGACUUUGAGAAAGAUCUUCUCACUGUCCCACCUGGCUUCAAGAAAGGGGUGAACUUUGUCCCCAAGGAUCACCCAGCCCCAGCCCCUGGGUUGCUCAGCCUCAGCCGUCUGCUGGAACCUCUGGAUUUGGGUGGGGGCGACGAGGACGAGAGUGAAGCGGCGGGACAGACAGAAGGACGCAGAGGGGACGCCGGUUCAGCCCCUUCCUGCAGGGCUCCCUUGGCUCGAGCAAGCAGUUUGGAGGACCUGGUGUUGAAGGAAGCUUCCACAGUGGUGGCCCCGCCAGAGCCUCCCAAGCCUCCAGCUCAGGAGCAGUGGGCCGUUCCUGUGGACGUCACCUCCCCUGUUGGUGACUUCUACCGCCUCAUUCCCCACCCGGCCUUCCAGUGGCCGUUUGAGCCAGACGUGUUUCAGAAACAGGCCAUCCUGCACUUGGAACAGCACAACUCUGUCUUCGUCGCGGCUCACACGUCUGCGGGGAAGACAGUGGUGGCUGAAUACGCCAUCGCCCUGGCUCAGAAACACAUGACCCGGACCAUCUACACCUCACCCAUCAAGGCUCUGAGCAACCAGAAGUUCCGGGACUUCCGAAACACCUUUGGGGACGUGGGGCUGCUCACAGGGGACGUGCAGCUGCACCCGGAGGCCUCCUGCCUCAUCAUGACGACAGAGAUCCUUCGCUCCAUGCUGUAUAGCGGCUCGGACGUCAUCCGGGACCUGGAGUGGGUCAUCUUCGACGAGGUUCACUAUAUCAACGAUGCAGAGCGCGGGGUGGUGUGGGAGGAGGUGCUCAUCAUGCUCCCGGACCACGUCUCCAUCAUCCUUCUGAGUGCGACGGUCCCCAACGCCCUGGAGUUUGCCGACUGGAUUGGGCGGCUGAAGCGCCGUCAGAUCUACGUGAUCAGCACGCUCACUCGGCCUGUCCCCCUGGAGCACUACCUGUUCACAGGAAACAGCCCCAAGACGCAGGGGGAGCUCUUCCUGUUGCUGGACUCUCGAGGGGCCUUCCACACCAAGGGGUACUAUGCAGCCGUGGAGGCAAAGAAGGAGAGGAUGAGCAAACACGCGCAGACCUUCGGGGCCAAGCAGCCCACGCACCAGGGCGGGCCCGCACAGGACCGUGGCGUGUACCUGUCUCUGCUGGCCUCUCUCCGCACCCGGGCCCAGCUGCCAGUCGUGGUGUUCACCUUCUCCCGGGGCCGCUGCGAUGAGCAGGCCUCCGGCCUCACCUCGCUGGACCUCACCACGAGCUCGGAAAAGAGCGAGAUCCACCUCUUCCUGCAGCGCUGCCUGGCGCGGCUCCGCGGCUCUGAUCGCCAGCUGCCCCAGGUCCUGCACAUGUCGGAGCUCCUGCACCGCGGCCUGGGCGUGCACCACAGUGGCAUCCUGCCCAUCCUCAAGGAGAUCGUGGAGAUGCUGUUCAGUCGUGGCCUGGUCAAGGUCCUCUUCGCCACCGAGACCUUCGCCAUGGGUGUGAACAUGCCCGCCCGCACCGUGGUGUUUGACUCCAUGCGCAAGCACGACGGCUCCACCUUCCGGGACCUCCUCCCCGGGGAGUACGUGCAGAUGGCGGGCCGCGCCGGCCGCCGGGGCCUGGACCCCACGGGCACGGUCAUCCUGCUCUGCAAGGGCCGCGUGCCUGAGAUGGCCGACCUGCACCGCAUGGUGAUGGGGAAGCCGUCCCAGCUGCAGUCCCAGUUCCGCCUCACGUACACUAUGAUCCUCAACCUGCUGCGCGUGGACGCCCUCAGGGUGGAAGAUAUGAUGAAGAGGAGCUUCUCCGAGUUCCCAUCCCGCAAGGACAGCAAGGCCCAGGAGCAGGCCCUGGCCGAACUGGCCAAGAAGCUGGGGUCCUUAGAGGCCCCUGACGUGACUGGCCAGCUGGUCGACCUGCCUGAGUAUUACAGCUGGGGAGAGGAGCUGAUGGAGACCCGGAGCACGAUCCAGCGGCGCAUCGUGGAAUCUGUGAAUGGGCUGAAGUCGCUGUCGGUGGGGCGGGUCGUGGUUGUGAAGAGCGAGGAGCAUCACAACACACUGGGAGUGAUCCUGCAGGUCUCCUCCACCUCCACCAGCAGAGUCUUCACAACCCUGGUCUUGUGUGACAAGCCCAGGCCUGAGGACCCGCAGGCCAGGGGCCCGGCCACUGCACACGUGCCGCAGCCCGAUGAUCUCGUGGGGUUUAAGCUCUUCCUCCCUGAAGGGCCCUGUGAGCACACCGUGGCCAAGCUCCAGCCGGGAGACGUGGCGGCCAUCACCACCAAGGUGCUCCGUGUGAGUGGGGAGAAGAUCCUCGAGGACUUCAGCAGGAGGCAGCAGCCAAAAUUCAGGAAGGAGCCUCCCCUCGCGGCCGUGACCGCCGCCGUGCAGGAGCUGCUGCGCCUGGCUCAGGCGCACCCCGCCGGACCCCCCACCCUGGACCCUGUCAAUGACCUGCAGCUGAAGGAUGUGUCAGUGGUAGAGGGCGGGCUCCGGGCCCGGAAGCUGGAGGAGCUCAUCCGGGGGGCUCAGUGUGUGCACAGCCCCCGGUUUCCUGCGCAGUACCUGAAGCUGCGAGAGCGAAUGCAGAUCGAGAAGGAGAUGGAGCGGCUGCGCUUCCUGCUGUCGGACCAGUCGCUGCUGCUGCUGCCCGAGUACCACCAGCGCGUAGAGGUGCUCCGGACCCUGGGCUACGUGGAUGAGGCGGGCACGGUGAAGCUGGCGGGGCGGGUGGCUUGCGCCAUGAGCAGCCAUGAGCUGCUCCUCACGGAGCUCAUGUUUGACAACGCACUGAGUGCCCUGCGGCCUGAGGAGAUCGCCGCCCUGCUGUCUGGCCUGGUCUGCCAGAGCCCCGGGGACCCUGGGGAUCAACUCCCGAGCACCCUCAAGCAGGGAGUGGAGCGUGUCCGGGCGGUGGCCCAGAGGAUUGGUGAGGUGCAGGUGGCUUGUGGCCUGAACCAGACAGUGGAGGAAUUCGUGGGCGAGCUGAACUUCGGGCUGGUGGAGGUUGUGUAUGAGUGGGCCCGGGGCAUGCCCUUCUCUGAGUUGGCGGGGCUCUCGGGGACUCCUGAAGGCCUGGUGGUCCGCUGCAUCCAGCGCCUAGCUGAGAUGUGUCGCUCGCUGCGAGGGGCAGCCCGCCUGGUCGGGGAGCCUGUGCUAGGUGCCAAGAUGGAGACGGCAGCCACCUUGCUACGGCGAGACAUCGUCUUCGCAGCCAGUCUUUACACCCAGUGAACGACCCCUGGGUAAAAGUGUAACAAUAAAGCAGCAAAGCACC